AUGUUCCGCUUCAUCUUUCUGGCCUUGAUAGGGCUACUUCCUUUCAUUACUGCUUCACCUACUCCGGUAGAGUUUAUGAAUGCUAUGUCCAUUAGUGGUACCAAUUCCAAUACAGGGGACAGACUGGUUUUCUGUCAUUUCAUGAUUGGAGUUGUGAGUAAUCGCCAAAGUGCCAGCGAUUAUGAUGCCGACAUGAAACGCGCCAAAGGAGCUGGAAUCGAUGCCUUUGCCCUGAAUAUUGGCAAUGACCCGUACACAGAUACCCAGCUGAACUUUGCCUAUCAAUCUGCCGCCGACCAUAAUAUGAAGGUGUUCAUCUCCUUCGACUUCAACUGGUACAAUGUCAACCAAAGCAGUGAGAUUGGUGCCAAGAUCAGGCAGUUUUCAGAUCACUCUGCACAGCUCAGGGUCGAUGGCAAAGUAUUUGUGUCAUCCUUUUCUGGCGACGGGAUCUAUUGCAGCGAACUGAGAUCCGCUGCAGGCGGCGACAUUUUUUUAGCGCCUAAUUACCACCCAGGACAGGGUAAUUUUGAUGAUGUUGAUGGUGCCUUGAACUGGAUGGCCUGGGAAAGUGACGGGUACAACAAUGCCCCGACUGCUGAGCGGAAGGUGUCUGUUAUCGAUGGUGAUACGGCGUACAAGGUGGCGCUUGGCGGGAAGCCUUACAUUGCUCCCGUCUCCCCCUGGUUCUCGACGCAUUUUGGCGACGACUUCUCCUACAACAAGAACCGGGUCUACCCUUCCAAUCUCCUCUGGUACAACCGAUGGAGAGACAUCCUCACCACCAAGCCCCGUUUCGUGGAGAUUAUCACCUGGAACGACUAUGGCGAGUCGCACUACAUUGGACCACUCUCAUCACCUCACACCGACGACGGCUCGUCAAAAUGGGUGACGGACAUGCCACACAAUGGCUGGUUAGACAUGGCUAAACCCUUCAUAUCAGCCUACAAAGCUGGCUCAACGCUCCCAUCAAACUACCUCGAGGAAGAAAAACUAAUAUACUGGUAUCGGCCAACUCCCAAAUCAACGGACUGCAAUGCGACGGACACAACCAUACGAAGCGCCGACAACGGCGGUGAUAGCUUCCUCGCCGCCUGCAGCCGCCCAGAUGGCGCAAACACAAUGCAAGACUCCGUCUUCGUGGUCACACAGCUAAAGCAGCCAGCACUAGUGACGGUGACGUCGGGCAUGAACAUACAGACGUUUCAUGCACCGGCAGGGAUACGAGCAUGGACGGUGCCAAUGAGCGUUGGUGCCCAGUCGUUCCAUGUCGAGAGGGAUGGGAAGAUGGUCGAUGAGCUGUCUGGGACUAGUCUAAGGGAUAUUGUUGACAAUUGCAUCUGUGGUAUAUACAAUUUUAAUGCUUAUGUCGGGACGUUGCCUGCUGAUGCGGAGGUUGAUCGGCUAGCGCCUGAUGGGAGGGCGCUUUUAAAGCAGGGAUUGAAGGUGCAUUGCCCACUAAUAUACUGA